CGUGGUUUCCCCCACUAUUUCCUACUUAUUGAGGAUAAUUGACGUCUUUUAGUUUGCGCAGCACAUAGACGAGAAGCUUCGCCAAGAAUAAGAAGAAGAAGAGAAAGGAAGCUUUGAUGUCCGACAGCUGCUGCUGCCACGGCCAUUGCUGCGGCCUCGACGCCACACGAUUGCAUCUCGUCCUCCAGAGGCUCAACCCCUUAACUUGUUUAUAUAGGCUCGCGGACGGACAGGGAGAGGGAGGAGGGAUGGGCACCAUCACAGUCCCAGCUUCUCUUCCUUCCCCGGAAGAUGACGGCCACAAGCUGCGGAAGGCCUUCCGAGGGUGGGGGACGGACGAGAAGGCAAUCAUAGACGUCCUGGGCCACCGCACUGCGGCGCAGCGGUCGGCCAUCGCCGCCGCUUACGCCAGCCUUUACAGUGAGUCGCUGCUCGAUCGCCUCCACUCCGAGCUCUCCGGUGACUUCAGGAACGCAGUGAUGCUAUGGACCAUGGACCCUGCAGAGAGAGAUGCCAAAUUGGUGAACAAGGCACUGAAGAGGAAGGGCGAGAGGCAUCUCUGGGUGAUCAUAGAGGUCGCCUGUGCCUCAUCCCCGGACCAUCUGAUCGCUGUUAGGCAGCAAUAUUGCUCUCUCUUCGCUUCCUCCCUCGAAGAAGAUGUGGCUCAUAAGAUUACCCCAACGGAGCCCCUCGGACUGCUGUUGGUGCGUCUGCUUACCUCUUACCGGUAUCCCGAGGAGCACGUCGCCGUCGAACUGGCAAAGCAUGAGGCAGCUCAGCUCUUCGAUGCGGUCCAAAAGAAGCAGUUGCAUCAGGACGAAGUCAUCCGCGUACUCAGCACGAGGAACAAAUCGCAGUUGAAGGAAACCUUCGAGCAGUACAACGAAGGUUAUGGAAGACACAUUGAAGAGGACAUCGAGGGCGCCGAUCGAAGUCAGUUCGCGUCGAUGCUGAAGGCUGCCAUUUGGUGCAUAGCGUCCCCGGAGAAACACUUUGCAGAGGUGGUGAGGAGAUCGGUGGUGGGACUCGGAACGGACGAGGACUCGCUGACGAGAGCCGUGGUGAGUCGGGCAGAAAUCGACAUGAAGAAGGUGAAGGAGGAAUACAAGAAGAGAUACAACACCACGCUCAUUUAUGAUGUAGUGGACGACACCUCGGGGGACUACAUGAGGUUCUUGCUGACCUUGAUCGGCCCUGCGGAUGCAUGAAAUAGCAAUCAACCGAUGGUUUCAGGUUCAGAGAAAUGUGAAGGUAUGUGAAGAUGUGUGUAUAUUUAUAAGGUGAAAGCAUAUAUGGCUUGUGGAAUGAACAACAUAAACAAUUUUUGGACAUGGAAUAAAGAUUUGGCAUGGUGGGUUGGAUUU